AGUCAGUUUCAUUUGCAAAGGUUGAGUGUUGCAUUAUUUUCCUCACUGCAUGCUAGUGAACAAAGUGAAGGAGAAGAUGUCCAGGCAGGGACCCCUCUCCCUGCUCACCUGGAUGGGAGCCAUGGCUGUCUCUUCAAUGGCUUUCAACAUAGAUGAAGCAAACCCCAAAAUCUACAAGGGAGAGGAAAAGGAUUUCUUUGGUUACAAAGUUCUGCAAUUCAUAUCUGGCCAAGACAAAGGGGUAAUGGUCAGUGCUCCAUAUCAGAAGAACGGAUCUGGUGGAAUCUGUAGAUGUGCUCUAGACAGAACAGACUGUACAGACUGUUACACACCUCAAGAAACUGACACAAUCAAGUACAUUGGACUGUCUAUGGCUGGACAAUCUACUUCUCCUCCAACAUUCACUGCCUGCAGCCCUGGUCUGGCACACGAGUGUGAUGGGAACUCCUAUCUGAACAGUAUCUGUUAUCAGUUCAACAGCCAGCUCCAGAUCACCUCGAACUUCACACCUGCCUUCCAAGAAUGUACUAAGAAAAUAGUCGACCUCGUUUUCCUCUUUGACGGAUCAGGAAGCAUGACAACGGAGGAAUUUGAUAAGAACAAAGGUUUCAUAGACAAUAUCAUGACAACCCUAAAAAACUCCUCAAUCAAGUUUGCAGCGGUUCAGUUCUCAUCAAUAGCCAGGACAGUUUUCAACUUCAAUGACUACAAAGAGGGGAGAGCCUUGACUAAUCUUUGGAAAGAAAAGCACAUGUCUAGUCUAACCAACACACAUCAGGCGAUAGACUUUCUUUUGAAAAACAUUUUUGAAAACCAAGCCGCCGGCGCCACCGAGGAUGCAACUAAAGUACUGGUCAUAAUAACAGAUGGAGAUCCCAGUGAUACUGAUAAAAGGUUUAACUCUAUCAACAGAAGUGAUGACAAAAACAUCAUCCGUUUCGUUAUUGGGGUCAAGAAUGUCGAUUUGACGAAACUAAAGUCACUAGCAUCAGAGCCAAAAGAGAACAACACUUUCCUCAUCCAGGACUACAACGGACUAAAAGGAAUCCUAGACAACUUACAAAAAAAGAUCUUCAACAUUGAAGGUUCCAAGACUGCUCUGGCUGGAAACUUGACGAAAGAGAUGUCUCAGAGUGGGUUUAGUGCUGUCUACGUUAAUAAGGAUACCUUGGUUCUGGGCUCAGUGGGGUCAAACAACUGGCGUGGAUCUCUCUUUGAGACUGAGGGUCUGAGAUCCGAGGAAAGGGAAAUUCAGGACCCCACAUUGGACAAAGACUCCUAUAUGGGAUACUCUGUAGCUGUUGGGAAGAAGAACGAGAACCUUCUAUAUUUUACCGGAGCACCAAGAUCUGAACACAUGGGACGGAUUCUACUUUUCAACAAGGUUAACAACAACUGGACUGUGGCACAAAGAUUGUCUGGAGAACAGAUGGGCUCCUACUUUGGGGCAGAGCUGUGUUCUGUGGACAUAGACUCAGACGGCAACACAGACUUCCUCCUGGUCGGUGCACCAAUGUUUCACCAACCACCGAGAGAGGGCAGGAUCUACGUCUACAUACUAACUGAUAAGCUGGAACUGAGGAUGGAGAUGAAUGUUUCAGUGCUGGUUCAGGGUAGAUUCGGCUCCUCCAUCUCCUCUCUCACAGACCUGAAUGGAGAUGAGCUGAAGGAUGUAGCUGUGGGCGCUCCACUUGAGGACGAUCACAGGGGGGCCGUGUACAUCUACCUGGGUGAAAAGCUAAAGGGAAUCCGCCCUGAAUUCAGCCAGCGCAUCUCAGCUGCGAGGAUGAGAUCUAAGCUCCAGUUCUUUGGCCAGACGAUUGAUGGGAAGAUGGACCUGGGUGAGGAUGGACUGACUGAUAUCGUAGUAGGAACGCGUGGCGCAGUUGUCGUCUUGAGGUCCCGACCGGUCCUCAGCAUCUCUGCUCAUCUCCACUUCCAUCCCUCUGAGAUCAGCACUGAUAACUUUGACUGUCUGGCAAAAGAGACCAUUUCCCCUGUGGUGACUUUGACAGCCUGCUUUAACAUGGCAGAGGCAACAAAGAGUAAAGCUGGGGUGCUGAGUGCAGGGAUGAACGUCUCCUACACGCUGGAUGUGGAUCCAGUGAGACAGAGGAGCCGAGCCUUUUACAAUGACACGAACAAAGGAGCCAGAAGUUCUCUCUCUACUGUGGAGCUGAGAAAGGAGCAGACCUGCUUCAACCACUCAGUCUACAUGACACAAUGCGUGAUUGACACAUUAUCGCCCAUAAUCAUCCAACUUACAUUUUUUCAAUCUGAAAGCCAACAAGAGGGUUGUACUGCCAUUCUGAAUACUGACAGUUCUGCAAAGGCUGUGGUCGAGGUGCCCUUUGAAAAGAACUGCAAAGAAAAUGAAACCUGUUUGGCAGAGCUUGAGGUGGACUUCAACUUCAUCACAUCAACUUUAUUAGUGGUGGACCAAAGUUACUUUAAUGUGACUAUAAGACUGUCCAAUCACGGGGAUGACUCCUAUAACACCAGUCUAACCCUCCUCUACCCUCCUGGCCUCUCAUUCGCCAUGAUGCAUCUUCUGAAGUCCACAAGGAGAACAGUAUUCAGCUGUGGUGGUCUGGAAGGUGAAAUGGACAGAACUACAUGCAGUGUCAGCCUCCCUGUCUACCGUAGUAAAACUACCGCUGUGUUCACCAGUAAAUUCCAUAUUUUGAAUACAUACGACUGGAAGGACACAAUGGAGAUGACCGUCAUUGGACUGAGCGACAAUGGAAACUCAACCAAUAGUUCCCUAACCCGGACCAUCCCUGUUCAAUUUGCAGUUGACCUGGUAGCAAAAGCCCUUCCCCAAGACUCCACCACUUACAUGAACUUUACUCUGGAGGACACAUCACCUAAAAGACUGGUGAAUGUAUAUGAGGUGCAGAACUUGGGAUUUAAGUCUGUACCCAUCACAGUCACCUUCACUUUCCCAACUAAGCUUGAGCACAGAUUUGAAAUGAAGGACUACGAAAUAUCUGUCUUACAGAACCACACUCAAUGUGGAAAGGUUAUCAAUUCAACAACAGAGUACUGCUCUCCAGAAAAAUAUUGCAAGUCCAUCGAGUGUGAAAGUUUCCUUUUGGAGAAGUUUUUGACAGUUACAUUUGUGCUGUCUGGAAAUGUUUCCUUCAAGGACCUCGAACAACAUGCAAAGAGCUUGUCAUUGCCAAAGAAAUUCACUGGGGACAGAGAAACUGUCAACUUCAUCAGUUUAGUCAAACUCAGCUAUGACAAAAAACAAUAUGCUCAGACAGCGAGUGACCCAGGGGACAACUCUACAAGCUUCCACCAAACACAGAUUGAUGACCAGGCUGAGAUCAUCAUUCAUCCACAAGGAGAGCUGAUACUAGGGACAGGAGUUGGAGUAGGACUUUUUCUCCUGAUCAUCAUCACAAUGGCCAUGUAUAUGCUGGGAUGUUUCAAGAGAAAAAGGCUUGUUGAUAAUGCACAGGAAGAUGAGAAUGAAGGGGAACAGAGGGAGCAAGAUGACGCUGUUCAGCCUAUAACAGAGAAAAAGCUAGAGCCUGAGAGUGGAGCAGUGGAGUCAAAUUCUCUCCUUGACGACAGUCAAACAGAAAACAAUGGCUUCCCCACUUGUGAGGCGGUAGGGGAGGGACCAAAAGAAGAACAGGAUGUAGUGUAAACAUUGUUAAUGUUGUAAAUUACUAUUGUAGCUGGAAACAACAGAUUGUUUAUGGAAUAUCUACAUAGGCGUACAGAGGCCCAUUAUCAGCAACCGUCAGCCCUGUGUUCCAAUGGCACGU